CAUGCAGUAUCGACCUCGACAAUCGAGAGAGAUUCAAGUGCGCAAUGUGCACCACAAGCACGACAUACGUUACGCCAUGCAGCUCUGCCGUUGGAUCCUAAAGCCAAUCGGCAUCUGGCAUUUCGUCCACAGACGCUCGUCGCAAAAUGAGAGGCUACUCUCGACCACAUUAAUCUUCAUGUGCGUCUCUGUGCUGUGCUUCGUGCUCGUGCCUUCCGGCCCGUAUGUCCUGUUCCGUGAGAAGGACACUUAUGUUAAAGUGAAGCUCUUUGGCCCGAUCGGCUUCUGCUUAACAUCCGCAGUCAAAUACUGCUUCCUCGGUAUGUACGGCACGGCGAUCGGCAGGUGCAUCGGACACGUUGAGGAUGACUGGCGUGUCGUUUGGGACGCGGAUCAUCGCAAGAUGAUGCUGAAAAACGCGCUGCUGGGUCACAGACUCACCACGCUCUGUGUGCUUUUUCUUUAUACCGGCGGGUUAUCCUAUCAUACGAUCAUGCCGUUGUCAGCGAAAGUGAAGAUAAACAAUAGCUUCACGAUCAGACCGCUGGUAUAUCCUGGGUACGACCAGUACUUCGAUUCUCAGGCCAGUCCCGCUUAUGAAAUUCUCUUCUGCAUGCAUUGCCUGUCCUCUAUUAUCCAAUACAGCAUCACGACGGCAGCUUGCAGCUUGGCCGCAAUUUUCGUGACGCACGCGUGCGGACAAGUGCAGGUACUGACCAUGCUUUUAGAUGAUCUGGUCAACGGGAAAAGGAACGACGACAACACCACCGUGGAGAAACGUCUGAGAGUGAUAACGAGACAUCAUGUGCGAGUACUAAGAUUUACAGCCGACGUGGAGGAAGUGUUGCGCGAAAUAUGCUUAAUGGAACUGGUGGCUGCGACCUUGAUCAUAUGCUUGGUGGAAUACUAUUGCAUGAUGGUAAAGGAAAUAGGGUAAUCGAUCGCAGUGAUGUUAAGUAAAUGGAUUUUUUAUGUAUUCUUUAUGUGUCUUUUAUUGUAUAGUUUCUCGUCUUAUUAAAUUGUAAUGAUAUGAAAUGCAUAAGAAUUUUUCUACAAUAAAUAAUUUGUAGAUAUUUUAAUGUGCGUUAAAUUUCUCAGGAAUGGGAAAAUAGCGACGCUAUUGCCAUUGUCACAUACUUCAUUAUAUUGGUCUCCUUGACGUUCAAUAUUCUGAUAUUUUGUUACAUCGGCGAAUUACUAGUAGAAGAGGUAUUUUUUACACAA